CAUUGUAUGCCGAACAGAGAGUAGUCUAGGGCUGGACGUUCGCAGAUAAUUGUUUGGGAAACCCGACACUCACUGAUUGCAUAACGAAAACACACCAGUAUACAAAUCCUCACUUUCCACCUUCUUUCUUUGCCCAACACUCACUCAUUGCAUAUCGUACCUUAGUAGGCCUAUAAUAUACCUCUGGUGUCGGGUUUUCCAAACAAUUAACUAUCAACGUCCAGAUCUAGACUAAGCAGGGAAAGGAGGGCUUGAUAAUUAUGAUUGAAUACCUUGGAUAUUGCAAUGGAGAUGGAAAUAAAUGUGAGAGAAGGAAAGAGAAAUGAAACGGGAAUCUGUGAUUAUAUAAUACACGUGACGAGACACAUGCAAAAUCGAGACAGCGUAGGCACAUCAGUGUAAAAUGUAUAUGCCUAUAUCCCUGGCCAAUAUUGCACUUGUUUUGACACUUGGGAUCAUUCUUUUCUUCGCGUUCAAGCGAUAAUGUACACCUGAAUUUCAGGACCCUGGCGAAGUGAUAAUAUAAGUGCAAACGUACAUUUAGAAGAGCUGGAUCAUAGAUGCACCGCCCACUUGUCAUCAAUCGAUCCAAUCAACGAUCAAAAUAGCACACAUUCAAGGUUAGUGAACAUUCCCUGUAGUCAGCAAGCACGGACUAACUUGAAAAUUUGACUAUAUGUGUGAAGACUAAACUCCAAACUCUGAGUCAAAUACAGAGAGUAAAGCUUCAGACUGCAUAUAAAUGCUCUGUUAUUGCGAAAACCAAAGGUCUGUGCCUGCAGACUGAUCGCCAUACUCGUACAUACCCAGGAGAAUGAUAUAGGGAGGGGACUCGCCCACUUCUAUUCCAUGUCAUGUUUGUUGUUGACACUAAACAUCAGUCGUUGUCUGUACUCUACGCGACAGACAGACAGUUUAUCCUCAUUCAUCAUUCAGAUCUCAGGCGAAUUGGACGACACGGCUUGACUGAUCGUGUAUCUCAAUUAUCACUUGAUUUGAUAGAAAGGACUUAUUUUACAAUAAUCUUUGGGACUCGAUCACUUUGUCUUCGACAAUAUUUAAGGAAGUGGUGUCCAUGUGUCUCUACUCUUUCUGCAAGAAAGAAAGUUGUCAAAAUCUGAUACCAUGGCUACCCAGUCGGAGCUUGCACAGAUCCAACAUAUCCUCGGUAAGCGCCGAAACUUGGACCAAAACCCACUCGAUCUAAGCUCAAGAAAGAAGUCAAGAGAAUAUCUAGAUAGUCACAAAGAUGUGGAAAAGCGGAGGAGAGAUCGCAUCAAUACAUGCCUUGAUACUAUUCGUUGUCUUGUUCCCCUGUGUCAUCAACUACCAAGGCACAGAAGAGUUGACAAGGCUGAUCUUCUUGAUCUAGCCAUCAUUUAUCUUCGUAUGGUCAACCAAUUCCUUGAAAAACUGGGCAUCAAUGACAUCUUUUCUGCAGCACAUAAGCAAGUCUCCCUGUUUACCUCUCUUGAAAAGUGGGUAAAGGAUCAUGGAGAAAAGAGCCAGGAUGUUACAAGCUUUACGAAAGAGAUCCUGGGUUUCUUGCAAGGUGAAGUAGAGACGGCCUCGCAUGUGAUUGCCAGUCAGCAGACGGCACAAAACUCCCAUCCAGGAUCAGAGAAUGGCUUUCUGCAGAACUCCGAUUGGAUGAAAAAUGAACAAUCUGGACUUGAUGAUGACCCGUCUGGCCUACGAUCAGUCAUGACAUCUUCUGGAUCAGAUGAAGAAAGAUCACAAGGUAGUUACAGAGAAAAUAGAAGUUCUGGAUCAGAGGAUUCCGUAGGUGUUGCAUCUCCUUCUAACUUGGCCUCCUUCAGAGGGACGGAUUUUCAAAGAAAGUGCCGUGAGUUGCCCCCUAGGGACGCCGGCGAAAGGAAGGACAAUAUUGGACAUGAGAAGUCCUCGACUGGAAGUAGAUACAACUCGCUGGUGUCCUGCAGUAACCCAUAUGUAGAGUAUGUUGACAAGGCAGUCAAUACUGAUGCUACUUCAUCAAAGUUCACCUGGCCACCUGACAGCACUUUUACUUUGCCUAUCCUAUCUGGAAAAAUUGUUCUUCAUACACCCACCGGGGUGAGUGGUACCAACAACUUGAAUGCACCUGUCACUCUGCAUGCAGAAAUCCAUUCAUCUCCUUUUCAAUCUCGAUCACCCGCACCCCAGGAGAAUGAAACUUAUCAAGAGCAAAAUGGUGGUGGAAUUGACUACUCAGAGAGAUUUCCUGUCGAAAAUAGCGUAGAGGCAAAUGAACCCGUUUGCUUGUCAACACACAGUACUGGAUCCAAAUUUGGCGAAACCCUUCCAUUCAACCACCAACCCCGUCUCGGCCACGUUUUGCCCAGUCGUACAUCAAUACGUUCAUCGAGAAUGGCACCACACGACAUUGAUUUUCCUUUACCCACGAUUAACCAAGAUCACUAUUGCCUGCCGAUAGAAAGACAUAAUUCUGCAAUGGGUCUGGAAGAUGUCUACUCGUACGACGGAGAUGAAAUGAAAAGCUACAUGUCACUCCUGCCUUUAAGGAGAUAUUCCGAGGAGAGGGGUACCGCGUUCUCCCCACCUCAAGGCCACAGACCUCCACUUACUCCCCUAGUCGUGGAUGACAGCGACGUUAAAUAUAGAAAUGAACACAGUGGCCCCUAUUUCAAGAGACAUGUCGAUGGUUUAAGGUUAGGCCAAGCACAGGUCAGGAAUUGCACUGGUCACAACGAAAGGAGUAAACCACGCAGUUCGUGCACAAGUACACAACCGUCUUCCUUGAAAUUAAAAAGUCUGAUGGUUCACAGGCAUCAAACCCAACAUAUCAUGUCACGAUGAGGGAUUAAUAAUAGGACUCUAACCAUUUUUUAUCUCUAUCUCCCAUUCAUUUUUAUUAUCUCGGUCUUUUAUCAUACAAGUAGAACGUAGGAGAUGAGUUAUUUUACCUGAAGUUAUAGAGCUGAUAUUGUUCUUAUAGGCCUACUUACAUUUUUAGUUAUAUGCCGCCAAAUGGCCUAAUCUUGAAAUUCGAAAGGUGCCUUUGUAUAUGGUUGUUUUUGGUGCAUGGGUUUUACUUCUUUCUGUAGAAAAAUUGUUGUGUUUAAUUUUAUGGAAAAUUUUUCUUUCAGUUCUUCUGGGUCGUAGAAAGUUAAGGUACUUGUACAUCUAAUUGAGUGAUGUUCCGUAAAUGGAUUCCUAUAGUUUCAUUUCAAAUUCUAUCGUAUGUUAAAGGGGAAGUUCACACUGAAGUCAGGUUGCAUCUUUUUAAUACAAGAUUGCAGAAAAUGUGAAAAACACGAGUGCUUAGCGAAAAUCCAAAAUCCUUUCAAAACACAAGGUUAUGGAUAAUUUUAUUUUAGGAAGUCCCAUGUUAGCAGCCCCCAUUAUGCUGUUUGUAAAUUACAUUAAAUACCGUUUUCUUUAAAAAAAAAAUAGAAUUAUCUUACUGCAUUCAAUAUAUUAUCAGGUUAUUUCAUGCACGCCUCUCUGAAAAAAAUCUAAUCAUCACAAACCAUUAGGAUAAAGGUAACUUUUUGGAAUUCAUAGUAUAUGACAAAUCGCUUGAAACGGUAAGAAUUGAAGACUUUAAAAUGUGUGUAUGUGUCAAUAUGUCGUUAAUAUUUCUCAUUCAUUAAAAUUUACUUGUUAGCAGGAUGGACUUCCCCUUUAAGUGUAUCUUAUCAGGAGAGUUUAGUUUUUAAAUGUAAUAUAUCAUGUGUAUAUAGAUAUAUAGCAGCUGCAAAUUUAUAGUUAUUUUAUUAGGAUAUAAUUUGUAAAUAUGCAAGCCCGUAUAAUAUGCUUUUCUUCAGGGGUUCACUUUGUGAAAAAUUUGGUUUUCGGGAGAUAACCAAGAAGAUACAAUGGAUCGGCAUUUACUUCAAGAAGUUUACAAGCAAAAGUGAAUUGUUUUCUUUCAAGUCACUCAAGCUAUUUACAUUUUCCUUUUACUUUUUGUUUGGUAGUUGUUUUUCAACCUUAGUUUAUAUGGCCCUGCAUUCGUAUUUUGGUUUUAUUUGCUUUGUUCUUUUGAGCUUCACCCAACAGAUCUGAUCGUCGAAUGUUGACUCCGAAAAUACAUCAAAUAAUAAUAAUUGAUAAAAUGAAAUGAAUAAAUUCACUAAGAUAAUAGAAAAAAUAUCAGAGAUGAAACAAUUAAAGCAGUGUAAGUUUAUUUUUCCGAUAUUUUCAAAGGAAUGUUCACUCUAAUCUUUUCGCAUGUUAAGAUGAAUAACUGAUUGUCGAUGGUUCUUUCCGGAUGGUCAUAGUCAUUGCAGUGUGAUAUAAACUCUGUUCUGCCAUGUCUGUUAGAAUAAAUGUAUUCGAGAAUCGUUCA